CGCAAACUGGCGGCGUGCUCAGCGGGAGAGCACACCUGGCCGCGGCCUGGUACGGCUGGCACCUGCCGGAACCUGCUCAGGGGGCCUGCGCCCGGCCUCCUAGGCCUGGACCGGACCCUGUCCAGCUGGGCGGCCCCGACGAGGGUCCACCCCUCUCUGGGCCUCCUACAGGGACGGCGAGGGCACCCCGGAGGAUGUAUGAGGAGAGGCCUGGAAAGCGAGCCCCAGGCCGGCUCCGGUCCUCUCCCCUGGGACUUUGGGCCAGUUACCCAACCUGUGGGGCCGCCACCCCGCCAGCAGGGGCAGCCUUGCAGAAAUCUCGAAGAAAAUUUGGAGUGGUUAGAAAAAUCCUGCUGUCCCACCGAUUGAAGUGUAAUACAGGGAUAGUUAACGUUUACUUAGCGUUUACUGUGAGAUCGGCACUGCCUUCUAGCUUUAUUCUAGUCUCAUGGCUCUGUAGGGAAACUGUUCUCGUUUUAUGAUGAGAAUCCUGAGGCAGAGGUAACUUGCCCUCAGUCUUACAGCUGGUGGUGAUGGAGCAAGAUUGGAACGCAGGCCAUCUAGACCUCUGAGCGCACCCUUUCACCACUGUAUGCAAGCGAAUACACGCGGAACAAUCCUAAUGAAUUUUCAGCAAAAACCAGUUCAGUUUGGCUAGUAGCUUUUCAGGUAACUUUGACACUAUUGGACCGAGUGUGGUGGCUCACCCCGGUAAUCCCAGCACUUUGAGAGACCGAGGUGGGCGAAUCACUUGAGGUCAAGAGUUGGAGACCAGCCUCGCCAACGUGGUGAAACGCUAUCUCUACCAAAAAUACAAAAAUUAGCCGGGCGUGGUGGCGGGCACCUUCAAUCCCAGCUACUCGGGAGGCUGAGGCAGGAGAAUUGUUUGAGCCAGGGAGACGGAGGUUGCAGUGAGCCCAGAUUGCACCACCACACUCCAACCUGGGCAACAGAGCAAGACCCUGUCUCAAAAAAAAAAAAAAAAAAGACACAAGUCUGGAGAAUGCCAUCCAUAUUUAUGGAGCACUUGCUGUAUAUCUGGUGAUUUACAUGUAUUUACACAAUAAUCUUCAUAGAGGUGGAUGUAAUCCCGUUAUAUAGAGCAUGAAACUGAGGCCCUUGGGAGGUGACUUGCAAAGAUUCUGUUGAAGUAGUUCAUCAAGUUGCUACCAGAGUAGACUGUCUCCAUUGUGUGGAUGCUGAAACUGAACCCAGAAAGGUUAUGUCAAGCUGACAUCGGCCUGGCUGCCUGGGGACGCAAGGCCCUGGACAUUGCCGAGAACGAGAUGCCGGGCCUGAUGCGUAUGCGGGAGCGGUACUCGGCCUCCAAGCCACUGAAGGGCGCCCGCAUUGCUGGCUGCCUGCACAUGACCGUGGAGACGGCUGUCCUCAUUGAGACCCUCGUCGCCCUGGGUGCUGAGGUGCAGUGGUCCAGCUGCAACAUCUUCUCCACCCAGGACCAUGCGGCGGCUGCCAUUGCCAAGGCUGGCAUUCCAGUGUAUGCCUGGAAGGGUGAAACGGAUGAGGAGUACCUGUGGUGCAUUGAGCAGACCCUGUACUUCAAGGAUGGGCCCCUCAACAUGAUUCUGGACGACGGGGGCGACCUCACCAACCUCAUCCACACCAAGUACCCGCAGCUCCUGCCAGGCAUCCGAGGCAUCUCUGAGGAGACCACGACUGGGGUCCACAACCUCUACAAGAUGAUGGCCAAUGGGAUCCUCAGGGUGCCUGCCAUCAAUGUCAAUGACUCCGUCACCAAGAGCAAGUUUGACAACCUCUAUGGCUGCCGGGAGUCCCUCAUAGAUGGCAUCAAGCGGGCCACAGAUGUGAUGAUUGCCGGCAAGGUAGCGGUGGUAGCAGGCUAUGGUGAUGUGGGCAAGGGCUGUGCCCAGGCCCUGCGGGGUUUCGGAGCCCGUGUCAUCAUCACCGAGAUUGACCCCAUCAACGCACUGCAGGCUGCCAUGGAGGGCUAUGAGGUGACCACCAUGGAUGAGGCCUGUCAGGAGGGCAACAUCUUUGUCACUACCACAGGCUGCGUUGACAUCAUCCUUGGCCGGCACUUUGAGCAGAUGAAGGAUGAUGCCAUUGUGUGUAACAUUGGACACUUUGACGUGGAGAUCGAUGUCAAGUGGCUCAGCGAGAACGCUGUGGAGAAGGUGAACAUCAAGCCGCAGGUGGACCGGUAUCGGUUGAAGAAUGGGCGCCGCAUCAUCCUGCUGGCUGAGGGUCGGCUGGUCAACCUGGGUUGUGCCAUGGGCCACCCCAGCUUCGUGAUGAGUAACUCCUUCACCAACCAGGUGAUGGCACAGAUCGAGCUGUGGACUCAUCCAGACAAGUACCCCGUUGGGGUUCACUUCCUGCCCAAGAAGCUGGAUGAGGCAGUGGCUGAAGCCCACCUGGGCAAGCUGAAUGUGAAGUUGACCAAGCUAACUGAGAAGCAAGCCCAGUACCUGGGCAUGUCCCGUGAUGGCCCCUUCAAGCCGGAUCACUACCGCUACUGAGAGCCAGGUCUGCGCUUCACCCUCCAGCUGCUGUCCUUGCCCAGGCCCCGCCUCUCCUCCCUAAGAGCUAACGGUAUCAACUUUGUGAUUGGUUUGUCAGUGUCCCCCAUCAACUCUCUGGGGCCGAUCACUCAGUUUUUGGCCUCUGCUGCAGCCGUCAUACUGUUCCAAAUGUGGCAGCGGGAACAGAGGCCCCUCCUCAAGCCCCGGUCAUGAUGGAGGUCCCAGCCACAGGGAACCAUGAGCUCAGUGGUCUUGGAACAGCUCGCGAAGUCAGUCCUUCCUUAGCCUCGAAGUCAGUAGUGGAGUCACAAAGCCCAUGUGUUUUGCCAUCUAGGCCUUCACCUGGUCUGUGGACUUAUACCUGUGUGCUUGGCUUAUAGGUCCAGUGGUUCUUUAGCCCACAACAGAUGAGAAGGGGCUAUAUUGAAGGGCAAAGAGGAACUAUUGUUUGAAUUUUCCUGAGAGCCUGGCUUAGUGCUGGGCCUUCUCUUAAACCUCAUUACAAUGAGGUUAGUACUUUUAGUCCCUGUUUUACAGGGGUUAGAAUAGACUGUUAAGGGGCAACUGAGAAAGAACAGAGAAGUGACAGCUAGGGGUUGAGAGGGGCCAGAAAAACAUGAAUGCAGGCAGAUUUCAUGAAAUCUGCCACCACUUUAUAACCAGAUGGUUCCUUUCACAACCGUGGGUCAAAAAGAGAAUAAUUUGGCUUGUAAUGUUAAAAGAAAGCAGGAAGGUGGGUAAAUAAAAAUCUUGGUGCCUGAAA